AUUUUGUUGGCCAAAUCCUUUGUUUUCAGUUAUGUUUGUAUUUAAAUUUCUUACGCCGGCUACUAAUCACUCGUCGGCAUUGGUCUCUUUAAGCAUAACAAAACAGCUGUUCCCUCUACCAGCUCUUUGUUUACAAAAAUAAAAGCAUGGCAGCACUUAAACUCAACAAAAAGCUAGCAGUGCGUUUUGCUGCCUUCUUUCCUUUGAACUUGAUUUAAAUAUAGUUUUGUACUCCUAACAAAUGACGAAUAUCCGCGAAUUACUAACCUUACAAUUCGGAAAUUAUGCAAAUUAUGUGGGAGCCCAUUGGUGGAAUAUACAAGAAUCGGGAUUUUCCUAUGACAGCAGUGAUGAACCAUCAGAAAUAUGUCAUGAUAUCUUAUACAGACAAGGUGUAAAUCAUAAUAGACAAACCACGUUUACGCCUCGUUUGCUUUUGGUUGAUUUGGAGGGCUCUUUAAAGCAUUUACCACGUGAGGGUGAGCUGUACGGCAACAGCCUUAAGAGAGACAGUCAUCUAAACCUUUUACGAAGUAAAGAUGCAAAAGAAGCUGCUGAAGAACCUGAAGCUGUUAAAAAAUUAAAAGAAGACUUGGCCUGGCACUCAUCUGAAGUUGAAAUCGUAGCUCAAGAAGAGGCUAAAAAACAUGAAUUUCAAAGUGAUCUGGACAAUGCUUCCACUAGUGUUGAGGAAAAGGAUUAUAAUUUGGCCGACAAUGUGGAUUCCUGGGUUGACUUUUUAUAUGGGCGUUAUCAUCCUCGCACCGUUCAUGUUGUCAACGAGUUUCGCCAUAAUCCUGAAAGGCAAACGCUAGAUACCAACACUUCCGGCGUACAAUUAUGGAAAACCGAACAAUUUGAAGAUGAUUUUUGCGAUCGCAUACGCCAAUAUGUGGAGGAAUGUGAUUUUUUGCAAGGAUUUCAAACCUUGUUCGAUUCUUUUAAUGGCUUCUCGGGUUUAGCCACUCAAUGUAUGGAACAUUUGAAUGAUGAAUAUGGCAAAGCAAAUUUGGCAGUUCCUAUUUAUUCGCCAAAAAAUGUUUUAUACGAAAAUGCAGAUGAACCAAUGUCCGAUUCCAUAAGAGUUGUCAAUAGUGCAUUGGUUUUUAGCCAGCUUAUUGAGCAAGCUUCUUUGUUCAUACCACUGAGUACACAAGAUCGUGUAUGGCGUCAAUUGGGUACUUCGCGCUUGUUUCCUUCCUUACACUACAGAAAUGAUAAUCUCUAUCAAACUUCAGCCAUAUUGGCAUCGUAUCUGGACACGAUUUCCUUGCGUUAUCGUCUUAAAGAUGCACCUGGUUCGAAUACCUUGGCUGGAUUCUGUGGCGAUAUGAAUAACUAUGGACGUAAAUUUGCCGCAGCUGCAUUUUCUUUUCCAUUUAAUAUGCAAUACAAUAUGGAUUUAAUCGAUUGCUUAGACAAAUUUGAAGGACCUUUAUUGUCUCAGCUGACACCUAAUUGUAAAAUUGGUAAUGAUUAUGUGAUACAGUCUCUUUGCGCUCGAGGUAUACCCAAUGACCGUUUGAAAAGGCCCCGAGAACAAUGCAAUAAGGAUCAAAUGCGUAUGGCCGCCUAUCGAUGCGAAAGUGUGUCGGAAAUGUUCCAGUUAUAUUUGCAGUGUGCUAAUCAUGCCAGCAUGGCACAUGUCACAUCUAUACAGAGUCCAAUGCCAACACGGCUACCCUUCCCAGAUGAAAUAUUCUCAGACAGUCUAACUACCUCAGGAUUUGUACAUCCAAAUGAAAAGCGAAACAUGCAACAAAAAAUAAAAUCAGUGCCUUGUGUCGCUUCCAUACAAUCGUCUAGCGAGUUGGGUGACACUCUGGAAACAUUACAUCGCGAAGCAAAACGUAUUAAAAUAGCAAAACUUCAUCGUUUCAAAGCAGCUGGCUUGGAAGACGAUGACUUUGCUGAAGUUUUGGAGAGCCUCUUGUUGUUUAAAGAUAAUUAUGAGGAUAACUUUGAAUUAUAGCCUCAAAGCAACAUUCAAGAUAUACAAGAUGGAAAUGUGAGUUCCGUUAAUGCUGGCAAUGCAUUCAAAAAACCAAGACUAAGUUUAAAUUAUUAAAAUUUCUUACUUAAUAAGAAGGAAAAUGCAUACAGUAUUUGCUAUGAACAAAUUUAAAAGCAUGUAUUUUCUA